AUGUCGACUGAUAAGUCAGAUGUGGCGACAGCCAAAGAUCCUGUUAAACAGGCAGACGUAUCAGAAGCGCUGGGCACAGACUUAGAAUUAGAAGACACCAACCAAGACCGCGAAAGUUGGAGAUAUCGAUCGGACAGAGCGGAGCUCACUGAGCUGACGCCGGUCGAAGCCUUCAAGUGGAACGUUGAGGGGGACCAGUCUCCUUUCCCCGAAGUCGCCGCUUGUGUAUCGAAUAAAGAUGACCCUACCAUUCCUUGCAACACCGUGCGGGCCUGGAUCUUAAUGACAAUUUUUGUCAUUCUUUUUUCCGGGGUGAACCAGUUCUUCGGCUUGCGAUACCCUUCCUUGACCAUCGGUUAUGUUGUUGCACAAAUAUUGGUGUUUCCUAUUGGCCGAGCAUGGGAGAAACUUCCUAGGUGGAGGGUCCCGUUGGGAAAACUUACUUUUGACAUCAACCCCGGCAAAUUCACUAUCAAGGAGCACGCGUUCAUUGUCAUUUGUGUUAAUAUUAGCGCUACCACAGCCUAUGCUCAAGGUUCCUUGGUCGCUAUCGUCAGUCCAGUAUACUGGAAUCGAGACUUCGGAGCCGGAUUCUCUUUCCUGUAUCUUUUGACGACACAGAUGAUAGGUUUUGGACUGACAGGUCUCUCUCGCCGAUGGAUUGUUUACCCGGCCGCCUUGGUUUGGCCUACCUCGCUUUCCUCAACUGUCCUUUUCCGCGCGCUGCAUGAGCCUGAAAGCACCAAAGCAGUAAAUGGCUGGACUAUUAGCCGGUAUCGAUUCUUCGCCUAUGUAACAGCCUUCGGGUUUGUUAUUUAUUGGUUCCCAGACUAUAUAUGGACCAGUGUCAGCACAUUUGCUUUUAUCACGUGGAUUUUCCCCCACAACCAGAAAGUGAACACAUUGUUCGGGAUGAAUUCCGGUUUGGGUAUCCUUCCAAUCAGUCUCGACUGGACGCAGAUCAACUAUGCUGGAUACCCACUCAUGACACCAUUUUACAUCACCUGCAACGCUUUUGCAGUUGUUGUGUUUUUCUACUUCUUCUUGUCUCCCAUCUUAUACUAUACUAAUGUGUGGAACAGCGCUUAUCUUCCUCUCCUGUCAUCGAGCACAUUCGACAACACGGGCAGCUCUUACAACGUCUCGCGCGUGGUGGACUCCAGCCUGAAUUUCCUCGAGAGCGGCUACAAGGAAUACUCUCCAAUGUAUAUCUCCAUGGCGUACUCCCUGACCUACGGUCUCUCAUUUGCCGCAGUGACCGCCGUUGUGGUACACACCUACCUCUACAACGGUACUGAAAUCUGGGCCCGAUUCAAAGAUUCACGACAUGGUGGUGAGGAUGUGCAUCGACGACUGAUGCGCGCCUACAAGGAGGUUCCAGACUGGUGGUAUGGUCUUCUUACCGUGAUCGUUCUCGGUCUUGGCAUCUUGACCAUUAAAAAGUGGGACACUGAACUGCCAGUCUGGGGCUUCAUUGUGGUAUGCUUUGGUAUGGCGGUUCUUCUCAUUGUACCUGAAGGAAUUCUCCAAGGGACUACUAACCAACGCGUUUUCCUCAACAUUAUUACGGAGUUGAUUGCUGGGUAUGCCUGGCCAGGAAAGGCAAUCGCCAACAUGAUGGUCAAAUGCUACGGCUAUAACUCGGUCAAACAUGGCAUGGAUUUUGCGCAGGACCUGAAGCUUGGACAAUACAUGAAAAUCCCGCCCCGCGUUUUAUUCUUUGGCCAGAUUUAUGCUAGUAUUCUGGCAACUGCGACUCAGACUGGAGUUCUGCGAUGGAUGCUCGGACAUAUCGACGACCUGUGCAAAUCAACCAAUAAACAGAAGUUCACAUGCAAUGGAGCUAAAGUCAUGUACAAUGCUUCAUUGAUUUGGGGUACAAUUGGACCGCAGCGAAUGUUCCAGUCUGGUCAAGUCUACAAUGGCCUGGUCUACUUCUUUUUAAUUGGACCCGUUGUUACCGUAUUUGUUUACUUCCUUUACCGUCGCUACCCCAACAGUUGGAUCCGCUACAUCAAUGUUCCAAUUUUCUUCAACGCGGCUGGAAAUAUUCCUCCUGCAAACACCACACAAUACUCUCUAUGGUUCAUUGUUGGUUUCUUUUUCAACUACCUCAUUCGAAAGCGUGCUUUCGACUGGUGGAAGCGUUACAACUACUUGCUCCAAGCUGCGAUGGAUACUGGCACAGCUAUCGCGACCAUCAUCAUAUUUUUCGCGCUCGGCUACCACGCUGUCACUUUUAGUUGGUGGGGAAAUAACGUGGGAUCCAACACGGACGAUGCAAACUCUGUCCCUUGGUUGACUGUUCCAACUGGCGGCUACUUUGGUAAAGGACCCGGCCAAUUUUAA